AAAAGUUAUUGCAAAAUUACAUUUGUUUAUAUUUAUUUCUUUAUUUUAUGCAUUUUUCAAAGUGUUUUGAGUUCAUUUCUAUUGGCUCCUGCUCCUCAGCAUAUUUCUGAUGACAUCAUCGGUUGUCACUGGUGAUCAGUAAACUAAUGACAGUGUGUGAAGUACAUGCAUAUUAAAACAGCUGUUCAACACGUUAAGACAUGGGACUAGCAAACAGUCUCUUCAUACAGCUUGGCUGUAUUAAGGAGCAAGGACAAAGAGAAAUACAGCGUCCGUCUGACUCUACACAGAGAGAUUUCAGAUGUGAUGCGCACAGGAGGAAGACCUUAAAGAAAUGCCAUCAAAUAGAGCAAAAGCGAGUGAGUCUGGAUCCUGUGCUGGAGUACAGCGCAUCUGAAACAAAGACUGAGUUUGAGAAGAAAACAGAAAGCAGUCGAUGGAGAAAGUCAGAAAGAGAACGACAGAAGAAGAAAAGAAUGACAGAUGAUACUGAAGGGAUGAAGAGAAAGUCAGCACUGAAACCACUGGUGGUAAACGCUGCUCCUCAAAACUCUGCUUCAGCACCUGAGAGGUCAAAACCCCCCAGAAAGAGAGUCAAAGACUCAGAGCAACACAUGAACGCAUUGGGACAGAAGGAGAAAUCCUUUCCUUCAUCUGCGUCUAAACCAAGGGUGAUGAUACAUGUUGCUCCAGUAUACUCAACUACAUCACCUGAGAUGAGGCGUUCAAGGAGGAAACUCAACAUAAGAGCCAAAGAGCAACACAUAAACAAAGAGGAACCGAGUGAAGAGAUGAAGAUGCAGAGUCUCAACAAAACCAACCAUGAAGGGUCCAGUGAACUGCCGGUUGGAAGUGCGUCAUUCAGUCCAAAUCCUCAAGAUACUCAGGAGACAAAACUGAAGGAAGCUGCUAAAGAUUCAGAGCAACACGUUUUAUUGAGUGGAGAGAAAAAGUUGAAAACUUUCAUCAAAAGAAAGCAAACAGUUGCUCCACGUACAUCAGCUCCAGCACAUGAGGAGGUCAAAUGCUUUUAUUCUUCAGUGUCUGAGCUGCUGGUGUUAGAUGUUGCUUACUUUGCUUCAGCACCUGAGGAAUCAGAGCAACAGAGAGAAACACUGCAACAGACGGGACAGAUAAAGAGGCAGACUCACAUCCAAACAAACCAUGAAGAGUCAAAUCCACUGCCAGUUGGAUCUGCUCUGCUUAGCUCAGAUGUUGAAUAUACUGAGGUGAUAACACUGUCAACUACUUCAUCCCAGUCUGACCUCACUCCACAACUCACUGACAUCCUAAUGGACAUUGAGUAUGAAGACAGCGGGUGUGUUGAAGAUGAUGAUGUGCAGUUCAUCUCUCAAUCUGAGCUGAAGGAUAACGGAUGCCGGCGAAGACCAAAGGCUGGGACGAAAAGUUAUCCAACCUUUUGUUGGAUGGAAAAAACUGUAGAGAUGCUGGAGACGGAGAGUCAGAGUGAAACGGAUGAAGUUCAGCUAGAAGCUCCAGAACUGCAGGAAGCACCUGGCGAAAAAGCAUCUAUAGAGACCAACAAUAACGAGAAACAUGUCUUUCAAAAGACUAGAGAUGAAAUUGAUGAAAAUAUCAUGAAGAUGUUUCAAGUACGUUCUAAUGGUACCGGUGGAGCUGCUCAACCUCAAGUCAAAGGUCAGGAGAAGACCAAUACUGUGAACAAAACAAAAGGACUGUUUCUUCUUCAUACCUGGGCAGAGCAACAAGCCAGAAAAAAAGAGGAGAAGAAAAGAAGAAAAGAAAAGGAACGAAGAGACAGACAGUUACUGCUGGAAAAAUACACCAACAGUCCGGCGAUGAAGCAUCUUCUUAUUAAUAAGCAUAACCGCUUCAAUGAGACAUCCUAACACCUCCUCCUGCUCCUGAUGCCUCCUCUUUAGCUGUAACUGACCUCCACCUCCUCCAACCCGAAACCUCCUGUACAUAGUUCUGUUUUACAUUUGUAAAUAAAAGUUAUUAAAAAGUA